AUGCAGCUGUUAUUGAAAAAACGGCACAUAAACAUGUUGAAGGAACGCAAUUACAAUAACGACGGUUGGCAAGAACUGGUCGGAAGUGGUGUCGUAGAGUAUAUUGACACACUUGAAGAGGAAACUACAAGACAAAGAAGAUUCUUACUGUGUGCGACCUAUACCCACUGUGAAAUCCAUCCAGCUAUGAUACUGGGUGUUUGCGCAUCAAUUAUACCAUUUCCCGAUCACAACCAGAGUCCUAGGAAUACUUACCAAAGUGCUAUGGGUAAACAAGCUAUGGGUGUUUAUAUUACAAAUUUCCAUGUUAGAAUGGACACACUUGCUCAUGUGCUUUAUUAUCCGCACAAACCACUUGUCACUACACGUUCAAUGGAGUACUUACGGUUCCGUGAAUUGCCGGCAGAAAUACACAGUAUUGUUGCUAUUUUAUGUUACACUGGUUACAAUCAAGAAGACAGUGUUAUCUUGAACGCUAGUGCAGUUGAACGUGGUUUCUUCCGUUCAGUUUUCUAUCGAUCGUACAAAGAUGCUGAGAGUAAGAGAAUUGGAGACCAGGAAGAACAAUUUGAGAUACCAACGCGACGAACUUGUCAAGGAAUGCGUCAUACCAUUUACGACAAGCUUGAUGACGACGGUAUUAUUGCACCUGGAAUUCGUGUUUCGGGUGAUGACGUUGUUAUUGGUAAAAUUAUUACAUUACCUGAGACUGAUGACGAAUUAGAAGGAACGACAAAACGAUUUACUAAAAGAGAUGCAUCAACUUUCUUGCGUAACAGUGAAACGGGAAUUGUUGAUCAAGUUAUGUUGACUUUGAACAGCGAGGGAUACAAGUUCUGUAAAAUAAGAGUAAGGAGUGUACGUAUACCGCAGAUUGGCGAUAAGUUUGCGUUGAGACACGGACAGAAAGGUACUUGUGGUAUUCAGUAUCGGCAAGAGGACAUGCCGUUUUCAUGUGAAGGUUUAACACCCGAUAUUAUCAAUCCUCACGCUAUUCCAUCUCGUAUGACAAUUGGUCACUUGAUUGAGUGUAUUCAAGGGAAGGUUUCUGCCAAUAAGGGUGACAUUGGUGAUGCUACGCCGUUCAACGAUGCUGUCAAUGUACAAAAAAUUUCUACUCUGCUCCAAGAAUAUGGCUAUCAUUUAAGAGGAAAUGAAGUUAUGUACAAUGGACACACUGGAAGAAAAAUAAAUGCCCAGGUUUUCUUAGGCCCUACUUACUAUCAGAGAUUAAAACAUAUGAUGGAUGAUAAGAUUCACAGUCGUGCACGUGGUCCAGUCCAGAUUUUAGUGAGACAGCCUAUAGAAGGUCGUGCUAGGGAUGGAGGAUUACGUUUUGGUGAAAUGGAGCGAGAUUGCCAGGUUUCCCAUGGAGCUGCACAGUUUCUACGAGAACGUCUAUUUGAAGUGAAAACUACUCUUUAUUAA